UGCGAAAUCCCACCUGUCAGAACCAUAUGUUCGUAUCAACAAUCAGCGUUUUAGUGCAAAACAUGGAAGUUCAGCUUUGUAAUAAUUCCCAAAAUGUUACAAUUGUAGUUAGAUAUACAGACCGUGAACUAAUCUCCCGCAUCUAAAUUGGUCAAAGAAUGAGUUCUCUUAGAAAUGGCUCGAGUGAGUCUUCAUCAGACUCCUCAACGGACGGUGAAGACCAGGACGAGUCUUCUUCCUCGGUCACCCAGGGCGUGGAGGACGUCCUGAGCACCUUCCGGGAGAAAUGGCAGAAGGAGCUCCAGAUAUCGCCGCCAAAACGCGAACACCAGUCGCAGGACACGCCCCAGGACCCGGACGCCGAGACCCAGGCCAGGAGACUGUUCCUCAAGGGCGUGGACCUGGAAAAAUCCGGGAAACUGUACGAGUCCAUCCAGUUCUACCGACGCGCGGUCCAGCUGGUGCCCGACAUAGAGUUCCGCAUUGACAAGGAGGAGAUGCACGAGAAAGAUGAAGAAAACUCCGAAGGCGAGCACGAAGUAACGCGCGAGGGCGAGCUCCUGCAGCGCAUUCAGAAAAAACUGUCCAAAAGGCCGGCCCUUUGCGUGCCAAAAACCGAGCAGAAAGGCACGCACAUCUCAGUCCUGCCAACGGAAAUGAUUUUGCACAUUUUGCGGUGGGUGGUGAGUGCGGAGCUGGAUUUGAGGUCGCUGGAGAUGUUUUCGAUGGUGUGUCGGGGCUUUUAUUUGUGCGCACGUGACCCGGAGGUGUGGCGGUUGGCGUGCCUGAGGGUCUGGGGCUUGAACUGCGGGAAUUCCCCGUAUAAUUACCUGUCUUGGCGGCACAUGUUUAUCGAGCGGACGCGGCUGCAUUUCAACGGCUGCUAUAUUGGGAAGACGACGUACAUCAGGCACGGGGAGAACAAUUUCCAGGACCAGUUUUACCGGCCGUGGCAUCUAGUGGCCUAUUACCGCUACUUGCGGUUUUUCCCCGAGGGGGUGGUGCUGGUUUUGACGUCGUCGGAGGAGCCGGCGCAGUGUGUGAGUCUGAUGAAGAGCAGGAACGCUCGGAGCCCCAUUCUGAGAGGCUAUUACCGGCUGAAGGACGAUAAAGUCACGCUGGUUGUGCAAAGACAGGAUAAUAAGCACGUGCCAGGCUUUAAGAAGAAGCGGAGAGGCGGGGAUUUGCGGGAAAUGGCGGAGCAGACGUUUCACAUGGAAUUACAGAUUAAAAGUACCAAUAAAAAACGCCAUGUGCAGUUGGUUUGGACACAUUACUCCGUUUUUACAAGGACGCACAAAGGUGAUGAGAGUACCUGCAAUUUUGACUUGGUCGGUAACCGAUUUCCGCCAUUUUGGUUCUCGAGAGUCAAGAGCUACACUUCAGAGUCUGAUAGUCCUUUACAGUAGAGUUUUUCAUUUUUUUAAGGAAACGAAGAGGGAAAUUAUUUUUGGAAGGGAUUCAUAUUUUCGAAGUACUUCUAAUAUUUAUUUAAAUAUCUAUACACAAAAUGUACAUAAUUUAUUGAUAAUAAAGGAAGAUUUUAUUUUA